CGCCCCACCCCCAGACCCUCCGCAUGCCCUCUUGCCUCUCUCGGGGGGUAUAUAUAGCCUGAGAAGGGACCCGGGCAGUCCUGGCAGUCAAAAUGAGGCUUUUCAUCCCCGUCUGCUGCCUGCUGCCUCUACUGGCACUCGCCACUGCAGAUGCAGUGGAUUCUGAGACGGAGCCUCUUGUGCCGUUAAAGCUGAAGUCUGAAGGCGAGUUGUUCAACUGCUGUGAUGGCACAGAGGAUCUAAGCCAGAGCUCCUCCAAUGACACUCCUGCACCGAACAGACCUGUGUGCCAACCCUGUAGCACUGGGGCACACACUGACACCUCGGCAGAAGAUGACAGCUCUAAAGAGGACGAAGACGGGAUGGAGGUUGUUUCAGAAGACAAAUCUGAGGAGUCGAGUCAAGAGACUUCAUCUGAAGAGAUAUUUGAAGAGAAGGCAGAAGUUGAGUUAGAAGAAUCUAAUGAAGCACUGGAAGAGGAAGUUCUUCAGACUGAAGAUGAAGCAGGUGCAGAAGAGGAGCUUUCUCAGACUGAAGAGGAGGCAGUUGAGGAAGAGGAGGUUCUUCAGAUUCAAGAUGCAGCCAAAGCAUCUGCGAAAGUGGAUAAAUCAACCCCCUCAGGUCCUGCCACAAGAGAUCAGACUCACAUUGACGAGACGCUGCGUCUGGCAACGGCUGAAGCUUCGCAGGAAUUUGUCGAUGCUCUGAAGAAGCUGCAGCAUGUCUACAACACCGCAAUUAAACCCUUGGACAAGGCCUACAAAUACAAUGAGCUCCGGCAGCACGAAGUGUCAGAGGCAGAGAUCACAUCUAAGCCCAUGGUUCUGUUCCUUGGUCCUUGGAGCGUUGGCAAGUCUUCCAUGAUCAAUUAUCUUCUGGGUCUCCAUGGCACUUCACAACAGCUUUACACUGGGGCGGAGCCCACAACCUCAGAAUACACUGUACUGAUGCACGGUGAGAAGUUUCGCACCAUCGAGGGCAUUGUCAUGGCGGCAGACAGUUCCCGCUCUUUCUCCCCGCUGGAGAGGUUUGGUCAGGGGUUUCUGGAAAAGCUGGUGGGAAUCGAGAUGCCGCACAAACUCCUGGAGCGCGUCACCUUUGUGGACACGCCUGGAAUCAUCGAGAACCGCAAACAACAAGAGAGAGGGUACCCCUACAGUGAAGUCUGCCAGUGGUUUAUCGACCGCGCUGAUCUCAUCUUCCUGGUGUUUGACCCAACCAAACUGGACGUCGGAUUAGAACUAGAAAUGCUGUUCAGACAGAUGAAGGGACGCGAGUCACAGAUCCGUAUCAUCCUCAACAAGGCUGACAGUUUAACAACCCAGGACCUAAUGCGCGUGUACGGCGCCCUCUUCUGGAGCAUGGCACCCUUGAUUAAUGUGACAGAGCCACCACGUGUGUACGUGAGCUCCUUUUGGCCCCAGGAAUACGCUCCUGACACAAACAGAGACCUUUUUAAACGUGAAGAGAUCUCUCUGCUGGAGGACCUGAAUCAGGUCAUCGAGAACCGGCUACAAAACAAAAUCGCCUUCAUCCGGCAGCACGGCAUCCGCGUGCGCAUCCACGCCCUCCUGGUUGACCGCUACCUGCAGACCUAUUAUGAGAAGCUGGGCUGGUUUAGUGACCCACAUGAGGUCUUCAACGAUAUUGUGAGCGAUCCUGACAAAUUCUACAUCUUCAAGUCCAUUCUGGCCAAGACCAAUGUGAGUAAGUUCGACUUGCCAGAAGCGGAGGCGUAUCGGGACUUCUUCGGAGUCAAUCCUCCUGGCGGCUUUAAGCUCCUCUCCUCAUACUGCGGCUGGUCAGGCGGAUGCCUGAUGGAGAAGAUUGAGAAGGCCAUCACAGAUGAGCUGCCGGCUUUGAUCAGCAGUCUGGCAGAGAAACGGGAAGCCAAGGCAGAGGCAGCUGCAGAAACCAAAGAGAAACCCCAAAACCGUUGGAGGAGACAGCAAUAGAAGAAUGAUGGGAGAUGUUGGGAAUAUGGAAGAGUGGCACCAAAGCGAUGAAUGAGAGAGUAGAAGUGACACAGAUGAGAUUCACAUCAAUGGAAAGCCAGUUAAACACAGUGUGUACAGACUUUUACCACUCUAUAAAGCAAACCUGAAUGAAGGGAAGCAGUGUGCCGUUUUUCUUCCUUUUCUGUUAUUGGUUUUCUUCCUUGUUCAAAUUUAACUCAGCUUGCAAAAAAUGUAUUUAUACUGUUCAAAAUAAAUAACGUCAUAAUCUUAUUUAUUUAUUGUUUGAAUGCCAUUUUGAAAGUGUGAAUUAUGGAAGCUUGUUUCUGCUACAGGAUAAAAAAGUUAAUUGUGAAUUUUUACCUUAUGAUACUUUUUUUUUUUUUUAGAAAAAAAAGUCAGAACUGGUAGAUAAUACCCAGAAUUGAAAAAAAUAAUAUAUCUUCAGCAUCUAUGUUGCAGAUCUGACUUUUUAUUUUAUUUUAUUUUAUUGAGUUCAUAACUCUGAAAUGUGAGCUCGGAUGUCACAAUUACCUUAUUUUAUUAUAUUUUUUCUCUAUGCCAUGAUUGAAACGAUGAAUAUGCUGUAUGUGGUAGAACGUUUAUCUUGACUUCAUUACUUCAGUUCCACUUGUACAUAUUGAUCAUAUUCCUCUGCACAAUUUACUGGUGUUGGUACAAGUUGUUGGUACAGUAAAUGAGAUGAUAAAUGUU